GAUUAAACAUCGACAUUAGCGCCAAGUUCGAGCAACUGGCUUCUGAGUGGAAAUGGUCGCGGAUCCACUUUGGACGCAUCGACGUCGACAAGGACAGAGAAAUGUCCAAGAGGUGGGUCGAGUCCAACAUGGUGCCGACAAAUGUCAUGUAUAAGUUCGGCCGCCCUGUGGAAGUGAAGCCCAAGGACUUCGAGGUCAUCCGAGACAAGUACCAGGGCAGUCCUGAUGGGCAGAAGUGGAUGCUGACCAAAUACAUGGGGGAAGAUGCGGAAGGAUCCAACCUCCAUUAUGCAACCACCCUCAUCUCCCAGAAGAAGUACAACAAGUUUUUGAAGAACAACCAGGUAGCCAUCAUCGGCUACUUUAGAAAGGAAGGCGACCGAGAGCAUCGAGUCUUCCAAGAGGCCACGUGGAAGCUUUUCCAGGGCGAGAACAUGGACACAGACGACAUAGGAGCCGGCGUUGCAUCCGUCUUCCUGCAAGGCGUGUUGCAGAAG